AAGGUGUGGGCUUGCAGCUGGCGGGAGACGGGCCCUCCUGGACCUGUUGCGCCGCUCUCAGUCGCUUGUUGCGAACUUUGCUGCAACUUAGAGUCAGAGCGGAAAACCUGGGAUUGGUGGGGCCGGCUGGCAGCGCAGUGCGCCUGCGCCGUCAGGCUAUUUCUCCCAGGACUCGGUUGAAAUAGGAGUUAGUUCAGGGGCUGUGCAGGAUUGCAGCUCCUCUCAGCACCGGCCCCCCUCUGUGCCCAGCUCACAGCAUGCCAACCUGGCUAUGCGCUUGUGCCACCACCUCCGCCAGCUCCAUCUCCGCCGUUCGCUCAAACGAAGAAGCGGCGAGUCUAGCAGCGGCAGACGAAGUCCCCGGCUCAGGUUUCUGCAAAUUGGCCAGAUCUCCCGCAAACCAAGUGCCUCCGAAUAGCACUAUGGGCAGUAAGACCAUCCCGGCGCCAGUGCCUAUCCACCCAUCGCUGCAGCUAGCCAACUAUGCUUUCCUGCAAGCUUCCAACGGCAUGCCGAGUCCUUCCGAGCAGCUGCACAACCUGUAUGGGUUCAGCACCCUGCACACGGUCCAUCUCCACCAGUGGACGCUGGGUUACCCUCCAAUGCCUCUACCCCGUUCCUCUUUCGCCAAAGUGCCUGCCGUUUCCGCCCUGGUGGACACGCGAUUCCAACUGCCCGCAAUCCCGAUCUUCCCGCACGUGUUCCAGCCGAAACAGGAAUCCAGCAGCUUCCCCAACAAGACCAGACCCAGGUUUGACUUCGCGAAUUUGGCCAUCGCGGCCACCCAGGAGGAUCAGCCCAGCCUGGGUCAGUUGGAUGGACAGUGCUCUCCCUCGGCCAUUGGCUCCCUGCUGGAUGCCACCAAGUUAUCCCCGGAGAGGAAGCCCACCAGGGGCAGGCUUCCGGCCAAAACCAAAAAAGAAUUUGUCUGUAAAUUCUGCGGGAGGCACUUUACUAAAUCUUACAAUCUUCUCAUACACGAAAGGACCCACACGGACGAACGGCCCUACACGUGUGACAUUUGUCACAAGGCAUUUAGGAGGCAGGAUCAUCUCCGUGACCACAGGUACAUUCACUCCAAAGAGAAACCAUUCAAAUGUCAAGAAUGCGGGAAAGGAUUUUGCCAGUCUAGAACGUUAGCUGUUCACAAAACACUGCAUGUGCAGGAAUCUCCGCACAAAUGCUCGGCGUGUGGCAAAGCGUUUAAUCAGAGAAGCAACUUGAAAACGCAUCUCCUCACUCACACUGACAUAAAGCCUUACCACUGCCGUCAGUGUGCCAAGCUGUUCCGCAGGAACUGCGACUUGAGGCGACACAGACUCACUCACCUUCUCAGAACCAAGCCCGGAUUCCCAAGGGCUGUAGUGUGUGCAGGCAGACCUGACUGGAGUUACCAGGCCUGCUCACCCCCGAGUUUAGAAUUGUAGGAUGGAGUAAGUGACCUAAUCUCAGUCAAGAGCCAAAGAAAGCGACAAUGUUGGAGAUGUUUGAAUGUACAAGGAGCGCCUGACUGAGAGAGAGAGGAUUGAGGGACAGUGUGUCUCUGGGAAUAGGAAACCAUGGUUAAUGUGACGGUGGGAUACAAAGCGGAGACUCAAAACUUCAGGCCCUUGUGAUGAAAACCUAAUACCACCCAAAACACAAAUAAUGCAGCAACGUACUGUGGCUGGGUGGGAAAACUGCAGUAGCUUUGAACUGUAUUGUGUGAUUGACUGCAGUCAGCUGAGCUCAGUGUUAAAACCGUGGGCACACCUUCGUUAGAAAACAAAACAGAAACGAAAUCAGAACAAAGGAACACACAACCAUGCGAUGUAAGGACAGCCGAAGCGACAUUCCAAUCGGCGGGAUUUUUAAAACACAAAUCGUUCUUUGUAAAUUUUUUUGGCACUUUACGCUGUUUUUUUUUACUAUUUUCAUGUAUCACUGGAUUUCUAACCUUUUGAAACGAAUAAAUUGCCAUUUUAAGGCAGCACGCUGA